GGGACUGGUCCUGACUUCUGGCUCCCAGAGAGGAGCAGCUGGAACAUGGGCCCUCCCUCUGCAGGGGGCCCAUGAAUGGUGGGCCCAGAAUCGAGGCCUAGGCCAGGGUCAGCCCUGCCCCAUCUCCUCCCCCAGGCCUGGUCUCCUCACAGGACGCCCCCUCCCCGCUCUUCCUGCCGGGCUUCCUCUUGCCUUUUCCUGUCCCCCACCCAGUGCUGGGAGCCCGGGCAGAGGAAAACACUUUUCAGAGGGAUUGGGACUUAACGGAGGCCAACGGCACCGGGGCCUCCGGGUGCUACAGGACCCGAAGCAGGGGCCAUGCUAUCUGGUGAACGAAAGGAGGGCGGAAGCCCCCGCUUUGGGAAACUCCAUCUCCCAGUGGGCCUGUGGAUCAACUCCCCAAGAAAGCAGCUGGCCAAACUGGGGCGGCGCUGGCCCAGCGCUGCCUCUGUCAAGUCGUCGUCCUCCGACACGGGGAGCCGCAGCAGCGAGCCGCUGCCGCCGCCGCCGCCGCCACCGCCACCGCUGCCCGGAGGGAUCAGCUGGUGGUUCUCCAGCUGCACUGGGGCCAUGGCGGCGCACAGACCUGUGGCGCGCGCGGCCGGGCUGGGCGCGGCGCUUCGAGUUGCGCGGCCGCGAGGAGGCACGCCGGCUGGAGCAAGAGGCCUUCGGGGCUGCGGACCCGGACGGCACCAACGCCCCAUCUUGGCGGACACAGAAGAAUCGGUCUCGGGCAGCAUCUGGUGGGGCGGCUCUGGCCAGUCCAGGUCCAGCGUCAGGAUCGGGGACCCCCACUGGGUCUGGGGGCAAGGAGCGGUCUGA